GUGGAGGGGCGGGGCUCAGCGGCGGCCCCGAGACGUCCGCCCGCCCUCUCUCCACCUCCCUCUCCUCUCGGGCUCUCUCCCCGCCUUUCUCCCCUCGGGCGAACCCGGAAGUGGAGUCUCCGCGGCGGCGGCGGCUGAGGCGGCGGCGAGAACCUGCCGAGAGCCCGGUGCCCAGUGAGGGCGCUGGCGGAGCCGAGCUGGCGAGAGCCUCAGGGGCUUGGGGGUGGAGGGGACGGGACCGGGGCCGGGCAGCCCGGCCUGGACGGUGCGGGGGUCGCCAUGGCCGCGGCGGACCUGCAGGGGAAGUACCAGAAGCUGGCUCAGGAGUACUCGAAGCUUCGAGCUCAGAACCAGGUCCUAAAAAAAGGUGUUGUGGAUGAACAAGCGAAUUCUGCUGCUUUAAAGGAACAACUAAAAAUGAAGGAUCAGUCAUUGAGAAAACUGCAACAAGAAAUGGAUAGUUUGACAUUUCGCAAUCUCCAGCUUGCCAAGAGGGUUGAACUACUUCAGGAUGAACUUGCUUUGAGUGAACUCCGAGGCAAGAAAAAUAAGAAAAGUGGAGAAUCUUCGUCUCAGUUGAGUCAAGAGCAGAAAAGUGUCUUUGAUGAAGACCUUCAAAAGAAGAUAGAAGAGAAUGAACGGUUGCAUAUACAAUUUUUUGAAGCUGAUGAACAACAUAAACACAUGGAGGCAGAACUGAGAAGUAGACUGGAGACAUUGGAGACAGAAGCAGCACAGCACCAAGCAGUCGUAGAUGGUUUAACACGGAAGUACAUGGAAACAAUAGAAAAACUGCAGAAUGACAAGGCCAAAUUAGAAGUAAAAUCACAAACACUAGAAAAGGAGGCCAAGGAUUGUCGACUUCGAACAGAAGAAUGUCAACUUCAGUUAAAUAACCUUCAUGAGGAUUUGUCAAGUAGAUUAGAGGAAUCAUUGUCUAUCAUCAAUGAAAAAGUACCUUUUAAUGAUACAAGAUUUAGUCAGUAUAAUGCUCUCAAUGUUCCACUACACAAUAGGAGACAUCAGCUGAAGAUGCGGGAUAUUGCUGGGCAAGCAUUGGCUUUUAUUCAAGAUCUUGUGACAGCUCUUCUGAACUUUCAUACCUACACAGAACAGAGAGUCCAGAUUUUUCCCAUUGAUUCUGCCAUUGAUACUAUAUCACCAUUAAAUCAGAAGUUUUCACAGUACCUUCAUGAAAAUGCAUCCUAUGUUCGCCCUCUUGAGGAAGGAAUGCUGCGCUUAUUUGAGAGUAUUACUGAAGAUACUGUGACAGUCCUGGAGACCACUGUGCAAUUGAAAACUUUUUCAGAGCAUUUAACGUGCUAUGUAUCUUUUCUUAGGAAGAUUCUUCCUUAUCAGUUAAAAAGUUUGGAGGAAGAAUGUGAAUCUUCUGUUUGCACAUCUGCAUUAAGAGCCAGAAAUCUAGAAUUAUACAGUGAUGUGAAAAAGAUGACUGCUGUGUUUGAGAAGCUCCAGACUUACAUUGCUCUUCUUGCUUUGCCAAGUACGAAGCCAGAUGGACUAUUUCGGGCAAACUAUAAUUCAGUAUUAACACACAUUGCUACAGUUCUUCAGGAGUUUCAUGAUGUCAUGAAAGAUAUUUCCAAGCACUAUAGUCAGAAAGCUACUAUAGAGCAUGAACUUCCAACAGCUACUCAGAAGCUUAUAACAACUAAUGACUGCAUCCUUUCUUCAGUAGUGGCAUUAACCAAUGGAGCAGGAAAGAUUGCAUCUUUCUUCAGCAGCAAUGUUGACUAUUUCAUUGCUUCACUGAGCUAUGGGCCUAAGGCGGCAGGUGGAUUCAUCAGUCCUCUCUCAGCAGAGUGUAUGCUGCAGUACAAGCAAAAAGCUGCUGCCUAUGUGAAGUCUUUGAAGAAGCCCCGUUUGGAGUCGGUGCCUUAUGAAGAAGCUCUGGCCAACCGUCGCAUCCUUUUGAGUUCCACAGAAAGCAGAGAAGGUCUUGCACAACAGGUCCAGCAAAGUUUAGAGAAGAUUGCCAAGCUGGAGCAGGAGAAAGAACAUUGGAUGCUGGAAGCCCAGCUAGCCAAAAUCAAGUUAGAGAAGGAAAACCAGAGGAUGGCAGAUAAGGUGAAGAAUGCGAGUGGAGCCCAGUUGGCACAGAGCACCCAGGAAAAUCCUGUUCUGGCGAAUGCUACUGGACAAGAUCAGGAAGAGUCAGCUGACAAGUCUUGGCAAGAACCCGUUCAGAGUACCAGUCUGGUUGGAAUGUUGGUGAUGACAUCAGACAUUGAGGUUCCAGAUGUUGAAUCUCGUGAGGAUUUGAUAAAAAAUCAUUAUAUGGCAAGGAUAGUGGAGCUUACAUCCCAACUUCAAUUGGCUGAUAGUAAAUCAGUGCAUUUUCAUGCUGAGUGCCGAGCACUCUCCAAAAGAUUGUCCUUAGCAGAAAAAUCUAAAGAUUCGUUGAAUGAAGAAAUGAAAGUAGCCAGUCAGAACAUUAGCAGACUGCAGGAUGAAUUGACAACUACUAAGAGGAGCUAUGAGGACCAGCUCAGUAUGAUGAGUGAUCACCUUUGCAGUAUGAACGAAACCUUAUCUAAACAAAGGGAAGAAAUUGAUACACUAAAGAUGUCUAGUAAGGGCAAUUCUAAAAAGAACAAAAGUCGAUAGUUUACAAAUAGUUGGGUCAGUCAGGUGACUGUCCUUUCUGAUGCUGCUGCUGCCCAGAACUGCAGGUGCUGAAAAUCCUUGUCCAUUUCUGGAGUCAGCCUUUUCACAAAACUGAAGUAUUAUUGGACCUAGUAACAAGUCAGUGCUGUAUAUGGCUUUGAAAAAAUUAGAAUGUAUUUGUAACCAGUAAGAUAAAUAUAGAAUUUGAUGUCAACAAUAAAAUGCAAAACAAUACACAAUACCAUGGAUCUUGUAGAAAUUUCCUUAAGCUGUUUUUACUGUGCACUUUUUAAGAUUAGGCUUUAAUUUCGGUAUGUAAGAAAAAAAAAUUUUGUAUAUUUUCAAACUCAAUUAUAUGGUAACAGAUUUGGUAUCAGUGCAAUAGAUGUAUGUUUCUGGAUAAAAUGUUCAAAUGAGCAACUUUUCACUGUUUAUUGCUAUAAUUGAAAGCAGACUCCAGAUUCGUUAUGGAAACCUCUCCAUUAUUUUUUUGACCAUUCAAACUUAGUUCUUAUGGGUUUAUUAUUGUCUGUAUUUCCCAAAUCACUCUCUGUAUUAGAAUGAUUAGCUUAUGGAAGUUGACGUCAAUAAAUUCAUACUUAAAGCAAAUUGUUUCUGUCUUUCUAAUAUACGUUUGAUAAUGGAAACUAAAAACUUUUGGGAUAUGACAAAAUCAAAACCUUAAAAUGUCUUUCUGAUACCUUUGUGUCUUUUGAAUUAGAUUCAGUCAUUCCAGAUUAGUUUUUAAAAACAGUCCUUUUCCAUUCCUUCUUGUUAUCCCCCACCUCCCUCACAUGUGACUAUGCCCAAAUUUUGCUGCUAUUGCUUACUUCAUAAUGUCGCUUGUGUUUGUCUACCUUUCUUUCUAUUCUUGUAGUGGAAUACCUUAGACCAGCAUUUGGGUAUCUUAAAACUAGGUUACUAUAACCUCCUCUUCAGAUAGCAAGGUGUGAUUUUUUUUUUUAGAUUUAUCUAACUGAACAUUAAUAAGAGUUUUUCAACUCUUCUGUAACUUCGGCAUACGAAGGCAAAGAUAGAAGUAUAGUUGAUGGUGUUUGAGAAAACAUCUGGCGCAGCAGCAUUCCAUGUCUGGGAAUAGUUUGUUCUAAAAUAGAGGAAGCUUCUGUUCUCGGCAGAGAGCCAUGUCCUUAGACGUUAAGGAGAUAAGUGGGAAACCUUGCCAUUAAAGUGGCUGCCACUUUGUCUUUAAUGUUUAAGUAAUUUAGUAAUUAGCUACAAAUUGGGAAAUUAGCUUGAAGUCAGAGCCUUACAAUACUGCUUGUACCUCAUGCGAACCUUUGAAAUAAAGACUUUGAGUGGAUAGUCCUAGAAAGCUAUUCUCUUCAUAAUUGGAACUUUUAAAAAAGAGAGAAAAGAAAUUAUCUCCUAAAUGAAAACUUGCUGGAGGCCCUUGCUUCAUUUGUAGGCUACAAGGUAGAAAAAGACAGAAUGGAUCUAGCAUUCACCUCUGCCAUAUCAUCUUGGCAUAGCUUUUAUCUUUUGCUUUACUGAAGUGCCGAACUCAUCUCAGUCCAUUUCCAAUGUUUUCAUAGAAAGGAAUGUGGUAUGGCUAAAUGGAGGCAUGCCAUAAGCUCAAGAACAGCAACUUAAUGAGAUACUUUGAUUCUGCAUGGAACAUAACUUCACCCAACUCACAUCUCACUUGGAUUCAUAGGCAUUCUGUGUCGAGCAAACGCUGAAGAAUAUGCUUACAUAUAACAUUUUGUGACAUUGUUUAUUGUCUCAAGCCAUUAUUUGUGUCUUGUUUUACUUGGCUUUUCAUCUGUUUAUGUUUGCCUUAUCAACCAGAGUGUAAGCUCCUUGGGGGCAGGGAUUAUGUCUCAAAUGUCUCUGUAUCCCCUGUAAGUGCUUACCACAGUGCCUUGCACACA